GGGCGGGUCCGUGGCGGAGGCAGGAGGCAGGCGCCGGGAUGCAGCGCCCUGGGCCCUUCAGCACCCUCUACGGGCGGGUCCUGGCCCCACUGCCCGGGCGGGCCGGGGGCGCGGCCUCGGGUGGAGGCGGGAACAGUUGGGGCGUCCCGGGCUCCCACGUGCAGUCUCCUGGUUGCGCUCAGUCCGGGACCCGCGGCGUCGCUGGCGGAACAAGCACCAGCGGCUGGGAAGCCAGAAGCGGCUUCCCAGCCCCCUCCGCGAUGUCCAAGGCCGAGGAGGCCAAGAAGCUGGCGGGUCGCGCGGCGGUGGAGAACCACGUGAGGAAUAACCAGGUGCUGGGAAUUGGAAGCGGGUCUACAAUUGUCCACGCUGUGCAGCGAAUAGCUGAAAGAGUGAAACAAGAGAAUCUGAACCUCGUCUGUAUUCCAACUUCCUUCCAGGCCCGUCAGCUCAUCCUGCAGCACGACUUAACUCUCAGUGACCUGGACCGACACCCAGAGAUUGACAUUGCCAUUGACGGUGCUGAUGAAGUAGAUGCUGAUCUCAAUCUCAUCAAGGGCGGUGGAGGCUGCCUAACGCAGGAGAAGAUUGUGGCUGGCUAUGCAAGUCACUUCAUUGUAAUCGCUGAUUUCAGGAAAGAUUCAAAGAACCUUGGGGAUCAGUGGCACAAGGGAAUCCCCAUCGAGGUCAUCCCGAUGGCUUACGUCCCAGUGAGCAGAGCUGUGACUCGGAAGUUUGGAGGCAUGAUCGAACUUCGAAUGGCUGUCAACAAGGCGGGUCCCGUGGUAACAGAUAAUGGAAAUUUUAUCCUGGACUGGAAGUUUGACCGGGUGCACAAGUGGAGUGAAGUGAACACAACCAUCAAGAUGAUCCCAGGUGUGGUGGACACAGGCCUAUUCAUCAAUAUGGCUGAGAGAGUCUACUUUGGGAUGCAGGAUGGCUCAGUGAACGUGAGGGAGAAGCCUUUCUGCUGACCGCAGGAGUGAAGUGUUCGCCUUGAGUCCCCAGCCUCAGCCGAGAUGGACAUGCCUCUCCAGGAGCCUUUGCCUUAAUGUGUCUGUGCCAGGUGGACAGCUGGCCGGGUGGGGGGUUGGGGAGUUAAAUUCAGUCUUCUGAAAUAUGUUAUUAAAUGUCUUUUUUUAAGAAGAAAUAUAAACAUAUAUUUUUACUAUUAAAAAUACUCAGUUUUUUAAUAAAGUAGAAAUUGAUUUCAUGUUUUAUAUGAAACAUUUACCAAAAAAAAAAAAAAAGAGAGAAGGGAACUGUCUUUUAAACUUUUAACUUGAGCCUGCUGGUUAAGCUUCUGAAUAUUGAGUUUGCUGAAUAAUAUAAAUGAAAACUUUUCUUUAAACUAGUAAAAUGAAGAGCCCAGCUGGCAGCGAUUCCCUGAUGCCUUACCGGAAACAUCAGAGUUUACUUUUCUGCCACUGUCUGUCUAUUUUUAGUUUUCAUUGUAAUCACACAUAGUACCUGGUUACAUAUUUUAAGAUGAGGUUUACAAGUCUGGUGAAUGUACCAGUGUGGUGUAUAGCGACUCGGAGUGCAAACUAUUAGGGAGAUUGUGGUGGUUCUUUUGCUAAGAUCAGGGAGUUCCUUCAGACCCCUGGGGCUGGAACCAGUUGGUCAGAAGGACUUGCCCACACUGCCAGAGCACUGCUGUGAAAUGCGAAACACUUUUAAAUGAUUGUCUUUUUGUUGUUAAUAUUUUACUGUUCUUUUAUUAUUACUUGCAUGGUUCAACAUCAGAAGUUGUUACCUCUUUAUAUUGUUUGAGGGUUGAAAUAAAACAGUAUGGUGCCAUUUUUA